AUGAUCACAGUUCCUGAGGCAUUACUAUUACGCGAUUUGAUCUAUAUAUUCCAAGGUAUUGAUGGACAAUAUAUCACGUUUGAUUCUGCUAGCAAUGAAUAUGUAUUGGAUUCUCAAGUGACAAUCCCAAAACCAACUCAGGAUCUGGUAUAUCGCUUGACUGAAUUAGGAUGGCUUUAUCAACGUAUACAAGCAUUCAUCAAUAUUCAUUUUGAUCAAUUGUCUAUGGGUUUAGUGGGUCAGUCUUUUUGUUCUGCUUUACAAUCGGAACUGAUGGAAUAUUACAAACUCAUUGCUAUUUUGGAAGCCCAGAUUGAAAAACAACAAUUACCAGAUCAAGAUUUUAUCCCUACUGAGCAAUCUCUAACUCUCAAACGAUUAUUGGUUUGGACCCAAGAAAGUUUACAAAGGUUAAAAUUAAUGAGUGUAUUGGUGGAUAUGGGGCAAGAUCAAAAAGGUGGUGCUUUGGUAUCCACCAUGCAUAGUUAUACCAACCAUGGAGACCCAUUUUUCAAGCAAUAUAUCAGUGAUAUGCUACAAGAGGUAUCAAAACCAUUUUAUGAAAUGCUCAAGCGAUGGAUUUCUGAAGGUGAGCUGGAUGAUCCUUAUGGUGAAUUCUUUGUGGCAACAGACCCAACAGUAUCAGAAGAAGAAUUAUGGCAGAGGAAAUAUUCAAUUCGUGAAGAUAUGUUACCAUCCUUCAUCUCGGCAGAAUUGGCGCAAAAGAUCUUCUCUAUUGGCAAAUCACUCAACUUUAUUCGCUAUAGUUGUCAUGAUGAAACUUUGGUGGAAAAGUAUUAUGCUGAGAGUUCGACAACACUUCAUACUUUUCAAUAUGGCGAUAUUCAAGGAAUCGAACGAUGUGUUGAUAUGAUGUAUUUGGAAACCAGUCAUCAAUUACUUACUCUAUUAAAGGAAAAGUACAAAUUAAUGGAUCAUCUACGAGCUUUGAAACGAUACUUAUUACUUGGACAAGGUGAUUUUAUUCAAUAUUUGAUGAUGACUCUUGGACCUGCUUUGAAUCGACCUGCUACGACAUUAUUUCGACAUAAUCUUACUGGUGUAUUGGAAACGGCUAUACGGGCUUCCAAUGCACAAUUUGAUGAUCCUGUUAUUUUAAAUCGACUGGAUGUUCGAUUAUUGGAGAUAUCCUCACAAGAUUUAGGUUGGGAUGUAUUUACUUUGGAUUAUCGUGUGGACUCUCCUAUCAACACUGUAUUCAGUCCUCAAGCUAUGAACCAAUACUUACGUAUCUUCAACUUUUUAUGGAGAUUGAAAAGAGUAGAAUAUACUUUGACAGCAGCUUGGCGUCGAUGGGGAACAGCAAGUCGUACAUUUGCAAAGAUAACCGAACUCUCACAAGAUCUUCAUGAAGCUCAAUUAGUGAUUGCAAGAAUGAUUCACUUUAUUUAUCAACUACAGCAUUAUUAUUUGUUUGAAGUGUUAGAAUGUUCAUGGGAAAAACUAGAAACAAAGAUCAAUACAAAAAGCAUUGAUUUAGAUUCGGUGAUUGAAGCUCAUUCUCAAUAUUUGAUGGAAAUUGCGCACAAGGGCUUUUUGGCAAGCACGAAAAAUCCACCAUUAUCUUUACAUUUGAACUCUAUAUUUGAUGUGAUUCUGACUUACAAAUCUAUUUUGGAUCAUCUUUAUGCAUAUGGAACCUCAGCAUUAUCAAAACAUCGAUCUGGUGAUAUGAUGGAAAAGAAUGAAAAAUUGAAUCAAAUUAGAUCUAGUUUGAAUGAUGUAUCAGGCAAUUUCAAAGUAAGAAUUUUGAAAAAGAUGUGUAUGGAACUAACUUUAUCUUAUCUUUUAGACUUUAGUACAAGAUUUUUUGAAAGCUUCUCAAGAUUUAGGAUACAAGAUUAUUAA